GUGAGGAAGCAGCACCUGGACCGCUGUGUGAGCUUCCUGGCGGAGGAGCUGAAGGUGGUCGGUCUGGACGAGGCUCCGGGGAGGAUCUUCUUCGUCUCGGCCAAAGAGGUCCUGAACUCCAGGAUGCAGCGAGCGCAGGGCAUGCCCGAGACAGGUGGCGCUCUGGCUGAAGGUUUCCAGGAGAGGCUGAGAGAGUUCCAGAUGUUUGAGAGGACGUUUGAGGUAAAACCUUUUUUGUAGUUUUCUGCAGCAGAGCGGAGCUGCGCCAAGUAAUGUGCACAGUUCCUGUGAUUAUUAAAAACUGGAUACGUCAUGGAAGCUGCAAAGAGAAUUUUCUAAAACUUUUCCAGGCUUGUGAACUGAAGUUUACCCAGAAAGUUUUGGAAACGUUGAAGUUUCACACACACACACACACACACACAGAGCGCUCACACACACACACA